CCAGGCUCUCGAUUUUCACCAUGACGACGAUAAGUAAGCAGAAGAGAACCAAAGAGAAUCUGGAAAAAAGGCACGUGUACUCAAAGCAACAACAAAUUCUAUCGGAUUGUACUUUAAAUUCUCCUCUAAGAGGUAGAAACACGAAAGGAGAGAAGGAGAGAGUUACAAAUUGCGACGAUUAAACUCUCAUCCCCCUUUUAUUUGUUUUCCAAAAUACCCAAAUCCCAAAGCUUCAGUUCCCAUAAUCUGCCCAAGCAUGGACGUUGAUCCUCGUCAGUACGAACAUAUUGCAAUCAAUGACAAUGACAUCCACAACAUUAUUAUGUCAUAUCUCGUGCAUAAUUGCUUUAAAGAAACUUUGGAAUCUUUUAUUGCUUGUACUGGGAUGAAGCAGCCUUCUGAUUAUCUUGAGGACAUGGAUAAAAGAAAAAGAAUUUUUCAAUUUGCUUUAGAGGGGAAUGCACUUAAGUCAAUUGAACUGACUGAACAGCUGGCAACCAACUUACUAGAGAAAAAUAAGGACUUGCAUUUUGAUCUUCUAAGCCUUCAUUUUGUGGAGCUUGUAUGCUCUAGGAAGUGCGCAGCAGCUCUGGAAUUUGCACAGACGAAGUUGACCCCUUUUGGAAAGGAGCAAAAAUAUGUUGAAAAGCUUGAAGAUUUCAUGGCUUUGCUUGCAUUUGAUGAACCAGAGAAAUCUCCAAUGUUUCAUCUGCUUAGCUUGGAGUACCGGCAGCAUGUUGCAGAGAAUUUAAAUCGAGCAAUCCUUGCUUAUGCAAACCACCCAAGCUAUACGGCAAUGGAAAGGCUGAUACAACAAACAACGGUAGUUAGACAAUGCUUAAACCAAGAGCACACAAAGGAUGGGCCUCCGCCAUUUUCUUUGAAAGACUUUCUGAAAAGCUGAAGAGAGGAAAUUUUGAAAGGCAAGUGACAGUUAGGCCUUUGCUCAAAAUCUUGUGCUGAUGUGGUUUUGCUACGCAUUUGCUGUAAGGUUGGGUCAUAGGUGACAAUUAUAAAUCAUUGUCUGCGUAUUUGUAAAGGUUGUGACGCUGUUCCUUUGGGUGCAUCUGAAUGUUCAUUCACUUUUUGAAGUUUGCCUCUUUUCGUGAAAUGGCCUUUUAAAGCAGUGGAUUUUGCAAUGGGGGUAGCUUCCCCCACUGAUCCUAAAACUAUUUUUAGUAAAAUUAUGUAACUAACACUAGAUCAAGAUAAAUUUUUAAAUUUUUUUUUAUUGGAAUUCAAUUGUAUCUUAUUAUUAUU